AUGUCAACUCAUAGACCUUUUCAAUUGAAUCAUGGAUCAAUUGAACACACUUUUUUAGUUCCUCAUACAUUAUAUGCUAACUAUUCACAAUUAAAGGAUGAAUUUGCCAAAACGCUACCACAACCCACAGAAGGUUUUGCUGGUGAUGAUGAACCUGCUAGUCCUGUUGAAUUAUACGGUAAAUUCUUGGGUUUCAUAAGUCAACAACAACCAAGACAAGAUGAAGUUUUACGCCAUGCAAUCAGAGAUUUUGAAUCUACUUUUUUACAAAACAAUGAUGAUAUUCAUUCGUUUGCAGUCAAGAUUUUACAAGAUGAGACUUAUCCAACAACUCAGUCAAAAAUUAAGAAUCUUGUCAAAAACUACUACCAGUCAGUUCAAACCAUUCCAAGAACUGAGUCUAAUUUAUUAUACCAUGCAUCUAAAAAGACGGCUAAAUUGGCAUCAAUCUUUGGUGGUCAAGGUAAUACCGAUGAUUAUUUUGAAGAAUUGAGAGAAAUUUACAAUGUUUCAUCUAAUUUAAUUGUUGAUGAUUUAUUGAUUCCAAUCACUGAUAAAUUGAAUCAAUUAGUUAAACAGGAUUCCGAAUUUGACAAGAUCUAUACUCAAGGUUUGAAUAUUUUGAGAUGGUUGAAACAUCCAGAAACUACUCCUGAUCAAGAUUAUUUAUUAAGUGUUCCUGUUUCUUGCCCAAUUAUCUGUAUAAUUCAAUUGUGUCACUAUGCUGUCACUUGUAAAGUAUUGGGAUUAAAUCCAGGUGAAUUGAGAGAUUUAACUUCAUGGUCAACUGGUCACUCACAAGGUUUAAUAACUGCUGUUGCCAUUUCUGGUUCUUCAUCUUGGGAAUCAUUUUUAUCCAAUGGUGUCAAGGCAUGUUCAUUUAUGUUUUUCAUUGGGUCCAGAUGUUUAAGUACUUACCCAAGAACUACCUUGCCACCAACCAUGUUGCAAGAUUCAUUAAACCAUGGUGAGGGAAGGCCAUCUCCAAUGUUGUCAGUAAGAGACUUACCAACUUCGAAAGUUGAAAAAUUUAUUGAACAAACAAAUGCUCAUUUGCCAAAGGAGAAACAUAUUGCCAUUAGUUUAGUUAAUGGUGCUAGAAACUUGGUCUUGUCAGGUCCACCUGAAUCAUUAUAUGGUUUCAAUUUGAAUUUGAGAAAUGUCAAGGCCCCUAAUGGUUUGGACCAAUCACGUAUACCAUUCAGUGAAAGAAAAUUAAAAUGUUCAAACAGGUUUUUGCCAAUUUUCUCUCCGUUCCAUUCUCAUCUUUUAGCUGACGCUACUGAUGUUGUUUUACAAGAUAUUGAAAAUAUCGCCUUUAAUGAGUUGAAGAUCCCAGUUUACGAUACCUUUGAUGGAAGCAACUUGCAAGGAAAAUCACCAGUUGACUUGAACGCUAGAUUAGUCAAGUUAAUCACUGAAUUGCCAGUUCAUUGGGAAUUGGCAACCAAUCAUGAAGCCACACAUAUUCUUGACUUUGGACCUGGUGGUGUUUCCGGUUUGGGUAUCUUAACUCAUAGAAACAAAGAAGGUACUGGUGCAAGAAUCAUUAUUGCUGGUGCAUUGGAUUCAAACCCGUUGGAUGAUGAAUAUGGGUUCAAACAUGAAGUUUUCCACAGAUCAGAAGAUCGUCAAAUCAAAUGGGCCCCAAACUGGUUACAAGAGUAUAAACCAACUUUGGUUAAGACUUCCAAAGGAAAGACUUAUGUUAACACCAAGUUUUCUCAAUUAUUGGGAAGAGCCCCAUUGAUGGUUCCUGGGAUGACUCCGACCACUGUUAAUCCAGAUAUUGUUGCCGCUUCAUUGAAUGCUGGGUACCACAUUGAAAUUGCCGGUGGUGGUUACUUUGAACCAGUCCUGAUGACCAAGGCUAUUGACAAGGUUGUUGCCAAUAUCAAACCUGGUUAUGGAUUGGGUAUCAAUUUAAUCUAUGUCAACCCAAGAAUGUUGCAAUGGGGUAUUCCAUUGAUUAAAGACUUGAGAGAAAAAGGUUAUCCUAUUCAAUCAUUGACUAUUGGUGCUGGUGUUCCAUCAUUGGAAGUUGCCACUGAAUAUAUUGAAGAUUUGGGAUUAACCCACUUGGGAUUGAAACCUGGUUCUAUUGAUGCCAUUAGUCAAGUGAUCACCAUUGCUAAAGCCCAUCCAGAGUUUCCAAUUGUUUUACAAUGGACUGGUGGAAGAGGUGGUGGCCACCAUUCAUUUGAAGAUUUCCAUCAACCAAUUAUUCAAAUGUAUUCCAAGAUUAGAAGAUGCGCAAACAUCGUUUUGGUUGCUGGUUCUGGAUUUGGAUCUGCUGAGGACACUUAUCCAUAUUUAACUGGUUCGUGGUCAAAGAAAUUCAACUAUCCCCCAAUGCCAUUUGAUGGUGUUUUGCUUGGAUCAAGAGUUAUGACUGCUAAAGAAGCCAAGACCUCAUUGGAAGCAAAGAAAUUGAUAACUCAAUGCCCUGGUGUUGACGAUUCCAAGUGGGAACAAACUUACAAAAAGCCAACUGGUGGUAUUGUGACCGUCAAAUCAGAAAUGGGUGAACCAAUUCAUAAGAUUGCCACUAAAGCUGUCAUGUUUUGGAAAGAGUUGGACGAAACUAUUUUCAAUUUGCCCAAGAACAAACUUGUUGAAGGAUUGAACAAAAAGAGAGACUACAUCAUUGACAAGUUGAAUAAAGAUUUCCAAAAGCCAUGGUUUGGUAAAAACAGUCAAGGUGUUUGUGAUUUACAAGAUAUGACUUAUCAAGAAGUUGCCAAUAGAUUGAUUGAAUUAAUGUAUGUCAAGAAAUCAAGUAGAUGGAUUGAUCUUUCAUUGAGAAAUUUCUUUGUUGAUUACCUUAGACGUGUUGAAGAAAGAUUCACUACUGAUGCCAAUGCAGUCUCAUUGAUUCAAAACUAUGCUCAAUUGCAAAAUUCACCUCAACAAUUUACUGAUGAUUUCUUUAACCAUUUCCCAUUGGCCAAGACUCAAUUGAUUUCAGAAGAGGAUUGUGACUUCUUUUUAAUGUGUGCUUCUAGACCAACUCAAAAACCUGCUCCAUUUGUUCCUGUUUUGGAUGAACGAUUUGAAUUCUUUUUCAAAAAGGAUUCUUUAUGGCAAUCGGAAGAUUUGGAAACUGUUGUUGAUGAAGAUGUGCAAAGAACAUGUAUUUUACAUGGACCUGUUGCUUCUCAAUUUACCAAUAAAGUUGAUGAGCCAAUUGGGGAAAUUUUGGAUUCGAUUCAUGAGGGACACAUAGCUAAAUUGAUUAGUGAUGAAUACAAUGGUGAUGCAUCAAAGAUUCCGGUUGUUGAAUACUUUGGAGGUAAGAAACUAACCACUUUAAAAUCAGUUGACCAUGUUAUCACUACUGACGGCAAAUCUGAGGUUGUUUACGAAAUUAAAUCAAAUGUUCCUGACAAGGCUUCAUGGUUGAAAUUAUUGCAAGGAUCAGAAUUGAAUUGGUUACAAGCUGUUAUCUCAACUGAUAGAGUUGUUCAAGGUUCCAAACAUGCAUCUAACCCACUUCAUGAUAUCUUGACUCCGACUCCACAUUCCCAAGUAGUCAUUAACAAACCAACCCAUACAUUGACUGCUUACGAAAGAGUCAAAGGAGAUUUAGUCCCAGUUGUUGAAAUCAAAUUGUUGAAAGAUAACAUUAUUCAAUUCUCAUUGAUUGAACAUAGAACUGCUGAUGGGGCACCAGUUUCAUUACCGUUCUUGUACAAGUACCAACCAGAAGAUGGAUUUGCGCCAAUUGUUGAAAUCAUGGAUUCCAGAAACGAUAGAAUUAAGGAAUUCUAUUGGAAAUUAUGGUUUGGAUCUAAAGUUCCAUACAACUUGGAUAUCAAUGUUGAAGAACAAAUCUUGGGUGAUGAAGUUACCAUCACUGGUAAGGAUAUCGCUGAAUUCACUCAUGCUAUUGGUAACAAAUGUGAGGCAUUUGUCAAUAGACCAGGUAAAGUAACAUUAGCACCAAUGGAUUUCGCUAUUGUUGUUGGAUGGCAAGCUAUCAUUAAAGCCAUUUUCCCCAAGACUGUUGAUGGAGAUUUGUUGAAAUUGGUUCAUUUAUCCAACGGAUACAAGAUGAUUCCCGGUGCUGCCCCAUUGAAAAAAGAUGACGUUGUUUCAACUAAAGCUGAAAUCAAAGCUGUAUUAAACCAACCAAGUGGAAAAUUGGUUGAAGUUGUUGGUACAAUUUACCGUGAUUCACUUCCAGUUAUGGAAGUUUCCUCACAAUUUUUGUACCGCGGAGAAUAUGUUGAUUAUGAAAACACAUUCCAAAAAGUCACUGAAACUCCAGUUCAAGUUGCAUUUAAAUCAUCCAAGGAUUUGGCAGUGUUGAGAUCAAAAGAAUGGUUCCAUUUGACUAAGGACGUUGAAUUUGAUGUAUUGACAUUCAGAUGCGAAUCCAUGUACAAGUUCAAAUCAGCCAAUGUUUAUUCAUCGAUCAAGACUACUGGUCAAGUGUAUUUGGAAUUGCCAACAAAGGAAGUUGUUCAAGUUGGUGAAGUCAAUUACGAAGCUGGCGUGUCUUAUGGUAACCCAGUGACUGAUUAUUUUGCUCGUCAUGGAAAGACUAUCGAAGAAGCCGUUUCGUUUGAAAAUGCAAUUCCGCUUUCUUCAAGUGAAGAAUUGAUUUCAAAAGCUCCAAGUACCAAUGAACCAUAUGCUAUUGUUUCUGGUGAUUAUAACCCAAUUCAUGUUUCACGUGUGUUUGCCGCUUAUGCCAAAUUGCCUGGUACAAUUACCCAUGGUAUGUAUUCUUCAGCAUCAGUUAGAGGCUUGGUUGAAGAGUGGGCUGCUAAUAACUUUGCUUCCAGAGUUAGAGCAUUCAAAUGUGAUUUUGUUGGAAUGGUUUUACCAAAUGAUACUUUGCAAACAACUAUGGAACAUACUGGUAUGAUUAAUGGUCGUAAGAUUAUUAAAUUCCAAACCAAGAAUAUCGAAACUGAUACUCCAGUAUUGGUUGGUGAAGCAGAAAUUGAACAGCCAACCACCACUUAUGUUUUCACUGGUCAAGGUUCUCAAGAACAAGGUAUGGGUAUGGACUUGUACAACUCAUCUGAUGUUGCUAAAGAAGUUUGGGAUAAAGCUGAUAACCAUUUUGUCAACAAUUAUGGUUUCUCAAUCUUGGAUAUUGUCCAAAAUAACCCUAAAGAAUUAACGGUUCAUUUUGGUGGUGCUAAAGGUAGAGCCAUUAGAGACAACUAUAUUGGAAUGAUGUUUGAAACCAUUGGCGAAGAUGGAGAAUUGAAAUCAGAAAAGAUUUUCAAAGGUAUUGAUGAAACAUCCACUUCAUUCACAUUUGUUUCACCAACUGGAUUAUUAUCAGCCACACAAUUUACUCAACCAGCAUUGACAUUGAUGGAAAAGGCAGCUUAUGAGGAUAUAAAACUGAAGGGGUUGAUUCCACUGGAUAUCAUGUUUGCAGGUCACUCAUUGGGUGAAUAUUCAGCAUUGAGUUCUUUAGCCAAUGUUAUGCCAAUUGAAUCUUUGGUUGAUGUUGUCUUCUACCGUGGUAUGACUAUGCAAGUUGCCGUUCCAAGAGAUGAGUUGGGUAGAUCCAAUUAUGGUAUGUGUGCCGUGAAUCCAAGCAGAGUUAGCCCUACAUUCAAUGAUGCUGCUUUAAGAUUUGUUGUCGAUGAAACGUCAAAGAGGACAGGUUGGUUAUUGGAGAUUGUCAAUUACAAUGUUGAAAAUCAACAAUAUGUUACCGCUGGUGAUUUACGUGGAUUGGAUGCAUUAACCAACGUUCUUAACGUUAUUAAAUUGAACAAGAUUGACAUUGUUAAAUUACAAGAACAACUUUCAAUUGAAGAAGUUACUAAGCAUCUUUAUGAAAUCAUUGAUGAAGUUAAACAAAGGACAUUGGCUAAACCACAACCAAUUGAAUUAGAAAGAGGUUUUGCUGUUAUUCCAUUAAAGGGAAUUGACGUUCCAUUCCAUUCAUCAUAUUUGAUGUCGGGAGUUAAACCAUUCCAAAGAUUUUUGUGUAAAAAGAUUCCUAAAUCAUCAGUUAAACCACAGGAUCUUAUCGGUAAAUAUAUCCCCAACUUGACGGCAAAACCAUUUGAAUUGACAAAGGAAUAUUUCACCAAUGUUUACAACUUGACCAAAUCGGAAAAGAUUAAAAAGAUUAUUGACAAUUGGGAAAAAUUUGAACACAUGUGA